GGGGCGGGCUUGGGGAGCUGUCGGUUGCUCUCCCCCGGCACCGUGCCGCGCGGGGGCGCGGGGUGCACCCCAGUCAGAGGCCAUGCUCGGCAGGUCCGGGUACCGGGCCCUGCCCUUGGGUGACUUUGACCGUUUCCAGCAGUCGAGCUUCGGCUUCCUGGGCUCGCAGAAGGGCUGCUUGUCCCCGGAGCGGGGCGGCGUGGGGCCGGGGGCCGAUGCACCUCAGAGCUGGCCUUCCUACCUCUGCCAUGGCCUCAUCAGUUUCCUGGGGUUCUUGCUGCUGCUGAUCACCUUUCCUGUUUCUGGCUGGUUUGCCUUGAAGAUCGUGCCCACGUAUGAGCGGAUGAUUGUGUUUCGACUGGGCCGGAUCCGCACCCCUCAGGGGCCUGGCAUGAUUCUGCUCCUGCCCUUCAUUGACUCCUUUCAGCGGGUGGAUUUGAGGACACGAGCUUUCAAUGUCCCCCCCUGCAAGCUGGCUUCUAAGGACGGAGCUGUGCUAUCUGUGGGGGCCGACGUCCAGUUCCGCAUCUGGGACCCCGUACUAUCUGUGAUGACUGUGAAGGACCUGAACACAGCCACACGCAUGACGGCCCAGAAUGCCAUGACGAAGGCCCUACUCAAGAGGCCUCUGCGGGAGAUCCAGAUGGAGAAGCUCAAGAUCAGCGACCAGCUCCUGCUGGAAAUCAACGAUGUAACCAGGGCCUGGGGGCUGGAGGUGGACCGAGUGGAACUGGCAGUGGAGGCUGUGCUCCAGCCCCCCCAGGACAGCCCAGCGGGGCCCAGCUUGGACAGCACCCUCCAGCAGCUGGCCCUCCACUUCCUGGGAGGAGGCCUGUCCUCAGGGGCAGGAGGGGCCCCACCCCCAGGGCCAGCAGACGCCGUGGAGAUGGUGAGCGAAGUUGAGCCGCCUGCCCCUCCCGGUGGUUCUGGGCCCAGCCUGAAGCAGCCAGUGGCUGAGGGGCUGCUGACUGCCCUGCAGCCCUUCCUGUCGGAGGCCCUGGUCGGCCAGAUCGGGGCCUGCUACCAGCUCAACGUCCUCCUGCCCAGCGGUGCCCAGAGCACCUACUUCCUCGACCUCACCACAGGGCACGGGAGGGUAGGACACGGGGUGCCUGACGGCAUCCCUGAUGUGGUGGUGGAGAUGGCUGAGGCGGACCUGCGGGCCCUUCUGUGCAGGGAGCUGCGGCCCCUGGGAGCCUACAUGAGUGGGCGGCUAAAGGUGAAGGGUGACCUGGCCGUGGCCAUGAAGCUGGAGGCUGUCCUCAGGGCCCUGAAGUAGCAGCCUUGGCUGACUGUCCAUAGCCCAGCUCCGAGUCUGGCAUCAAGCCAGGGAGGCAUCUUGGAGGAGGAGGCACCGGGGCCACACCUUGGAUUGCUGAAGCCCUGAGAAGUUUCAGCCCCAGCCGGGAGCCAACGAAUGGAGGCUGGCACGCACCAGAGGCUGGGAGAGACUAAGUCAGGCCGCCCUGCCUUUCUCCCCUCCAGUGGUUCUCUGGACAAGCCUUUGCCCACCCUAGUCUGCUGGGCGCCCAGCCCUGAGCUGAGUACAGUGUGAUGACUAGAGAGCCCGGCCUGCCUCGCUCUGCUGGCUCCCUGACCGGAGAGGCAGGGCCCCUGGAAACAGUCUGCCCACAACUGGUCGGGUCCCCUUGUGAGGGAGCAGAGUGUGUGGCUCAGGUCCAGCUCCAGAGUGGGGAUCAGAGAGGCUGAGUCAGGGAGAAGGAAGGCCGCCGUCAGGAGGCCACUGCAGGGCAGGGAUUUGGGGAUCGGGCUGGGCCCAGGCUAGUGGGUGGUGGGGAUGGGAAAGUGUGGGGCCUGCUCUGCCGCCGGCCCUGCUCCUGAAGAUGUCUUUGAGUCGUGACUAACGGGCCAGCGCCGUCUUGCAUGCCUGACGGGCUGGGGCCCAGGGCAGCAUGUCGGAGAGCCCUGCUGUUGCCGCGCUUUUUACCAGCGGUUUGCAAACCACCAAUAAAUGUGCUGUUUACAAUGUG